GCUGUGGGUACCACCUCCUCUGCAACACCAGGGCCGGGAGUCUUAGAACCGAGGGCCCGCAGGGGUCCCCGCGGCCGCUGCGAUGCAGAAAUACGAGAAACUGGAGAAGAUUGGGGAAGGCACCUAUGGAACUGUGUUCAAGGCUAAAAACCGGGAAACUCAUGAGAUUGUGGCUCUGAAGCGUGUCAGGCUGGAUGAUGAUGAUGAGGGAGUGCCAAGUUCAGCCCUCCGGGAGAUCUGUCUACUCAAAGAACUGAAGCACAAAAACAUUGUCAGGCUUCAUGAUGUCCUGCAUAGUGACAAGAAGCUGACACUGGUUUUUGAGUUCUGUGAUCAGGACCUGAAGAAAUAUUUCGACAGCUGCAAUGGUGACCUGGACCCUGAGAUUGUGAAGUCAUUCCUCUUCCAGCUGCUGAAAGGCCUGGGAUUCUGUCACAGCCGCAACGUGCUACAUAGGGACCUGAAGCCCCAAAACCUGCUCAUAAACAGGAAUGGGGAGUUGAAACUGGCUGAUUUUGGCCUGGCCCGAGCCUUUGGUAUCCCUGUCCGCUGCUACUCUGCUGAGGUGGUCACGCUGUGGUACCGCCCACCGGAUGUCCUCUUUGGGGCCAAGCUGUACUCCACGUCCAUCGACAUGUGGUCAGCCGGCUGCAUCUUUGCAGAGCUGGCUAAUGCAGGACGACCUCUCUUCCCUGGCAAUGAUGUGGAUGACCAGCUGAAGAGGAUCUUCCGACUGCUAGGGACACCGACUGAGGAGCAGUGGCCUGCCAUGACCAAGCUGCCAGACUAUAAGCCCUACCCAAUGUACCCAGCUACAACAUCCUUGGUGAAUGUCGUACCCAAGCUCAAUGCCACAGGGAGAGACCUGUUGCAGAACCUAUUGAAGUGUAACCCUGUGCAGCGCAUCUCAGCAGAGGAGGCCUUGCAGCACCCCUACUUCUCUGACUUCUGUCCCCCAUAGGCUCUCUGACUCCCGGUGGCCAGGCUGGGGCCUGGCCUAUUUAAGCCUUCCUCCCAGGAGGGUGGAAGAGUGGGGUGUGGGAUGCUGAGCACCAGCUGUGCUGGGCCAGCCAGGGCAGAGUUACCCUGGCCCGCGGCUUUCCCUCCCUCCGUGGACUUUAUUUAAUUUCAUAAAUUGGCUCCUUUCCCACA